GGACGACGGGCGACUUAUUCGAAUGUUACACGGGCACACCAACUACGUUCGCUGCCUGUACGCGGAGGGGAGUGCCGUUGUGAGCGGCUCCGACGACUGCACGGUGCGUGUGUGGGAUGCGGGGAGCGGCGAGGCGCAGCUCACCGGUCAUUUUCACGGCCGUGCGGGAGUCUCGGCGCUGUGUCGCGUCGGCGUCACAAUGUGGUCGGGCGACAACGAGGGGCGAGUCAUUGCCUGGAAGCUGAGCACGUGUGAGGCAUUGCGCGUGCUGCACGCACACGGAGGUCGUGUAGCCUCCCUGCGAAAGAUCGGCUCCCGCGUUUACUCCGGCGGGGCUGACGGCAUCAUCGCGGUGUUUGACGCGGAGGACGGCCAGCUGGUGCAGCGGAUCGAGGAGCACCGGGGCGGCCGCAUCACGACGGUUCAAUGCACAUUGGAGUGCGGACGCCAGAGCAUGUGGGCAGCUGCGUCUGAUAACUCGGUGCGUUGUGUUCAUCACGACGAACGCUGUGCCAUGACUUCGGACCGGGAGCGAUUUAACGAUAUGCGCUGGUACUACGCCACGGUGCGGUCGCACCACGAGGCAAACGAACGGUUGCUAGAUCAGCAGCGCGAGUUGACGCAGCUGCUUCUUCUCUCCCAGGGCGGGGACAAAGCCGUGCAACGCAUGCUGAAUAUGGGCAAGAAGGUGAAAACCUCAACGCUUGUUAACUGUUGGAUGCUGCAGCACAACAUGCGGGAAGUGGAGAGGCGGACACGAGAGCUACAGAAAGAGCGUUCGCAACUACAGGCUGAGAUACACAAACAGGAGCAGAACCUGGAGGCGAUGCGCGGGGCUCUUCAGAGAACAUUAGAGGCAGUUCAGCGGGCCCGCUCCGGUGGCACGAGGGAUCAGCUGCUAGAGGAUGCAAAUGUUGCCAACUUUGCGCCUGUGGUGGUCUCCGCGGCGCCCGUACUAAAAAAGAGCGGGUCAGCUACUUUACAAUCAGGAACAACUCCACCGGCGCCCCCAACAGCAGGUGUGCCAACGCCUUCAACUGCAGGUGUGCCGGCGCCCCCAACUGCAAGUGUGCCAACGCCUUCAACUGCAGGUGUGCCGGCGCCCCCAACUGCAAGUGUGCCAGCACCCCCAACAGCAGGUGUGCCAGCACCCCCAACAGCAGGUGUGCCAGCGCCCCCAACAGCAGGUGUGCCAGCACCCCCAACAGCAGGUGCCGCAGGGGGGAUCCACCUCUUCGUUCAGCAGGAAAAUCGCGGUCAUAGUUUGACUUUUAGGUGUACAUUUUUGCUCCUGAAAACCGUAAUUUUUCUUCAUCCAGCUAGUAUUUUGCAACGUGUGGCAACUCUCCAUACAUUGCUUGGUUCUUAUGAACGCAAUGACAAUGGAAGCAAAUGA